GGCAAAGAACAUUGAUCAUCAUUUAAGAGAAUGACUUUAUUUACAAUUUUCAGCAUUCUUCACCUUCUCCUUACUCCUCCACCAUUGCUUGUUAGAGCCAACGACAAGUUGAUCCAAAUGGAAUGUCACAAUGCCGAGGUACCAACGACUUGCAUGCAGUGUGUAGAAUCUGACCGACGCGCCGCAGCUGCUAAUAGAGUAGGAAUCGCCACUAUUCUUGUAACUUGUCUAGAAAAUCAGGCAAAGACAUUAGCAGCCAACAUGUCGGAUUUAGCUUCCAGCUCCAAAGAUCAAGCAAUGAAGAUUGUUUUUAAAGAGUGUUGCCGAGGGUAUUCCUCUGCAGCAAAAGGGCUCUCUUCAGCGACCUCUUGUUUGAAGAAUAAGAAGUACGAAGAUGCUGAAAGGUUUGUGAAUGAGGCACUUAAGUAUGAGCUCACAUGCCACUCAAAGAUUGAAAGCUAUAAAGAGGGAAUCUCAGAAGAUAUUGUUCAUGAAAUGAAGAUUUAUGAACAACUUUCUGAGGCUGCAAAUAGAAUAGUUGAACGACUUUAAUAAUUAUCACUUUCUUUGGGUUUCACCUCUCUCAUGAGUCUUGAUAUAAA